AUCGCUGCUUUGUGUCAUUCGUUGUCAUUCGUUCACCGCGAACGGUUACAUUUUGUGAAAAUAUCUUUAUUUGUCCAGUGAAACUAUAGUUCGCACUGAACGCAUUUGUUUAAAACGCAUUAAGGAAAUUAUUGGGAAUUUACGAUACAAAAUAGAAAAAUUGCAAUAUAAGCAUAACUUUUGUGAAAUAAUUGCUCCUCGCAAGCGCCUGCUAAGUAAAGGAGAGCAAAGUUUUUCACAUUAAAAAAUACGGCAGGCGAUUAAAUGCGAUUGUAGAUAGUUGAAAAGCAGUUAACCAUAUAGGAAAAGUUAAUUGUUUGAAAAUCCAGAGAAUUUUUUCACACGCAGUUUAAUAUAAAAUUAGAAUAAGUCGCCUUACCCAUAAGUGGAUCUGCGCAUAUCGCAUGAUAAUAAGCAUUCUUUACUUGCUAUUAGUUGCCGUAGAAAAGUAACAAGCCCAUAAAUAACAAUAUACAAUAUCGAAUAUUCUAAUAUUUAACGAAUCAGGAAAUUGUACUACGCACACAUCCGGCCGUCCGUCGAUUGGUGAUACAUUCAUAAAUAUCGCGAAUAAGUAAAGAAGUGAAAAUUUAAACCAACUGCAGUACAUCUAAACAACUACAAAAAGCAAAUUCACAUAGCCAACAAGAUGACCUCGACACCACCAAAAAUGGGUGAAGAUUUGCUUGGCGAAUCUUGGAUCGAACUGAGCAGUGCCGCUACAAUGGCUGGCGUUAAAAGCCCUGAUAGAAUCACACCAUUACCCUUCUCAAGUGGCGAAGAGUAUUUACGUCUAUUGCGUGAGGCGCAACGUGAAUCAAAUCAGUCCAGUCGUGUUGUCUCACUGGCCAGUUCACGUCGUGAUACACCCAGGGAUAGUCCCAAAUCACCACCGAAUAGCCCGAAUACUGAGCUCACGCCGGAUGAAGAUCUCAAGAAUGUUUACAUAAAUUAUUGGAAUAAGGAGGGCAAUAGUCACAAAGACACCGACUGGCUGGAUGAAUGGAAUAGCCGGCCAGAUCAACAACCACCUAAGGAUUGGAAAUUCGAACAUCCACAAAAGAAAAAGGGCGCAGGUUACUCCAUACGCUUGACACGCGUUGGCAAGAACUCGCUGUUCUCCAGAGAAAUAUUAUACUCGCUAAUUUUGUCGAAUGUGCUGUCCUUGCUAUUGGGCGCCGGACUAGGGUUAUGGCUCAGCAGACGUGGUAUUCUCUUGACCCGAGUCGUCAUUGACUGAACUAAAUGUUAAAGUGAAGUGAUUUUUACACAUAUUAUUUUAAUAUUAUUAUUUUAAUCGAUGCAGAAAGCAGAAACAAAAUAGAAGGAGCGAAAGUUAAAAUAAACAACGUUUAAAUAUUUUUAAUAAAUAAAGAGUAAAACAAGAGGAAAAUGCAAUUGAAAAAAAGUUAAGGAGUUAUCAAACACCACAAAUAGAAGCGAGCGCAGAUAAUACAAAAAUAAGUAAAAAUAUUUUCGUACCACAAAACAAUAAAUAUUCUUGAAAUGCAAUGAGGAUAUUUAUAGCGAAGAAUAAGAGUAAAAAAAAACAGUUACGCUUUUUGAUAUGGCGUUACGGGAGAUAAGGAAACGUUUUUUUUCUUUUUGAAUUUAUUUUUAAAUACAAAUUUUACAAAAGUGAUGAAAUAUUUACAUUCAUAUAAUUACAACAACCAUUCAUAUGGAUCGACAUAAUCAUGUGUAUUGCAACAGAAGUUGGGCGAGCGAUAGCCAGCUAUGAUAAUCAGCCAAUUUAAAAUCGUUGUAGACGGUGAAAGAUCACUUUGUUGCAAGUUUUUGUGUAAAAAUGCGAACAAAACCAAUUAGUAAGAUACUUUAAAAGCUACAUAAAAUACUGAUGAUUAGCGUUGUGUGCUUUGGGCGAGUUUAAAUUGAUUGGUCGUAUGGAAGCUGAUCAGUAAAUGAAUUUGAAAAUAUACUAAAUAGCUUAUGCGUGUGUGUGUUUGACUAAUCACACAUAUGCAAAGCGACAAUUUAAACAUGGUAACGAAAAGUAAAAGCAAACACUAAAACAAUUCGAUUAAUAUAUUUACAUACAAAUGGACUAACUGAUUGCAACGUGCAACACAAGCGUGGGCUCAGGACUUUUUAUUACAAUAUGUAUUAUCCCAAUUUUUCGAACCUAAAAUGCGAUUGAAUAUUUUUACGAGGAAUGCUUUGUAUAUGAUCUUUUUUACAAUUUUCAUUAAACAAAAAAAUAUCUAAACUAUUUUAAUAUUUUUACCAAAAAUGAGAUAGAAAAGAAAGGCAUUAGCAAUUAGUAUUAACCGUAUUUUAGUAGUAGAAAAAAUGAAAAAAGAAAGGAAAAUCAGAAAAAAAUGUAAAAUUUCAUGUACUAUAUUUGUCAUAUACUUGCGUACUUUCUUUAGAAGUAGAAAUUCGUAUAUCUUAUAGUUUCUUGCGCUUCUUAUUUGUUGCUCCUUUUACUAUAGAAUUUGCGCUGGGUUCCAGUUAUAUGAAUUUCUUGUAUUUUUUGUUUUAUUUGUGUUUUCUAUUUAUAUACAUACAUAUAUGUACAUGUAACUAUGUAUGCAUAUUUGGUGCUCGCCGUUGUCGAGUUUACCAAUACCACCAGAACGCGUUUGCUUUUUUCUAGAUUUUAGUCUAAUUAAGUCGUGAGGGUAUUUCCUCCACAACAUUUGCAUACAUAUAACUAUAUUAUAUAUUAUAUUUAUCCAAAAAAAAAAAUCGAUUAUUUCAUUUAAAUUAAAAUUGUAAUAU